CUCCUCCGCUCCAUUCCGUGCGCUCUCUCCACGGGCUCUCGCGCUUUUACGCAAAACCAGAGACGACCUGCAGACCGUCUCCAAGCGCAACGCGAGCCCCGUGAACAACAACAGCAGCAGCAAUAACAACAUGUCGACCUACGCCAGCUACUACGAGUCCCGGCGCGUCACCCCGUCCGCGUACGGCAACCGCUUCGACACGGCGCACCGCAAAAAGGCCGUGGGGAACAUCUUCGAGAACGUGAACCAAGAAGCGGUGAUGCGUCUCUUCCAGAAAACGGGCGACAUGAAGGCGGAGGAGCGCGUACGGAGUAUCUUCUCGUACUCCCACGACCCGGAGGAGACGUCGAGAGCGCUCAUGGCUUUGAAGCAGCGCAAAAAGGACAAAUUUCUGCAGAUCGCGGGGAUGGUUCGCCAGCUGCUCAGAAUCCGAUGAACGAACGGACCAGUACGAGCUCCUAGAAGCGGGAUGCUGAGACGAACUUUCCCCACCCGUCGUUUUGACACUACGGGGACGUCACCCUGAGUGCGUAAAAUGGUGAACUGGUUACUUUUACGCGCGGAUGGCAGCGACUGGGCCAUGCGUAAAAUGACCUCUCCAAAAGCUCAAGAGGUGGACGCGCGGUGCCGAGCCGGUCCAGCGCGUAAACGUGAAGGGAAAUACUACUACGAGAUUGCCUUCGAAACUUGAAUCCCUCAAACUGUGGAUGCACGUGACGCUUUGUGCACGCGAAGAGACUUUACUGUGACUGUUGGAAUAUGCACGGACUCAUUCCCACGCAGUGCCGACGUAAAAGACGUUUUGUACUACUAUUCCUAUCCAUUUUUUGUGUGCAUAAUUUUCAAAUAUGCCUGUCCGGAACACACGCCUUCUCUUGUCAUAUGAAGAAGUAAAAAUGACCACUGUUGUUGUCAUACAAGCACAAUGUCUUUUUGCAAUUGAUGCUCCGUUCCUAAUGUUUUUUUACAAUAAAUUAUUCACUUGUGUACAAAAAUA